AAAAAAAAAAAAAGAACGAGAAAAACGUGCGUGUGUAGAGUGUGUGUGGUUGUAAAAAUUUUCACCACAUUCCGAGCAGGCGAGAACGUUCCGGAUGUAUUCUGCACGGGAUCGGGCGGAAGCAGUGACAGCAGCCCUAGCAGCCGCAGCAGCAUCAAUCCACGGCCCAUGGUGAUGCUCAGGAGAGGCAAGGCGGCCGUGCUCGCAAAUUAUUCUGAUUCGGUGUCUGACAGCUUCCCGUUUUUGCACCGCUGCCGCAGUGUGUGGGAAAAAAGAGCCACUUGUUUAGGCUUCCCGCGAGCGCUUUCCACCUUCCGCCGCAGAUCGCAGUAGACGUUACCCCCCUUUUCUCCUCGUUGCUCGGAGUGUGUGUGUGUGUCUGUGUGCAGCAUGUCCUGCAAAAGUGCAAAUGGGCUCCCCGAAAAGUGACUGAUUGGUUUUCCCUUCUUUUCCAUUCUUUUUUUAGUUGGUCCGUUUUAGUUGCCUCCCUUUCCCCACAGUUUCCGUUUCGUGUUUGUUUUGUGCGGCGUUACGUUGCCUGAGCCAUCGGUCCGUCCGGAAAUCCCAACAAUCCGGGCCACCACGAGGGCUGUGAACGGCGGGAAGAAAGGAUCGGAAAAGUACCAAAACCAGCAGCAGCAGCAACAGCAGCAUCGGCAGCAUUAGCACAGUUGCAUAAGCCUCGAGGACCAAUCCCUACAAUUCUUUUUGUUCUCAUCGAAGCGCUCACCACCCCCGUAAUCCUCCGGUGGGGGCAGAAUAUUAUUAUUGUUCCGUGGCUCUCCGACCUACGCGAGGGAGAGGGAUUUCAGAAAAAUCGCGAAACACGGUGCGAGUGCGUGAAGGCAAGCAACGAAAGACAGGCAGGGAAGAGAGUUUGCCAAGACAAAAACAAUAGUGCGCGAGUGCAAACGAGAUAGAGUGCGCGCGAGCGAGAGAGAGAUUGAAGAAUAGAGAGAGUGAGAGGGGUAGCUGAAAGAUUGAGAGCAAAAGAGUGAGAAGAGAGCAAUCGGUUCAUUGUGGUGCGUGUGUGUGUUUGUGCGCGAGUGUGCUGUGUUAGAACAGGCGAGAGCAAUAAUACGGGUGUGUAUCGGAGGAGUGUACUGAGGAAAGGGGCGGGUGCGUGCGUGUGCGUGCGUGCGUGCGUGCGGUAGGAUAGAGUGCAGUGAUUCCGGCAAGCGACGGCAGACGUUACAGCAAGCAGACAAGCGAUGAACAUAAAACCCGACACGAACCGACACGUACUGACGAUACAGGCGAAGAAGAAGCGUCAUAAGACGGCGAAGAAGAAGGCGAAACAGCAGGCGACGGCAGUGGUGGCGGCGGCAGCAGCGCAGGCGGCGGCGCAGGCAGCGGCGCAGAACAGCAAUAGUUACAGCAGGAGCGGCCAGAAUUACCAGUCGGCCGCAACGGCGGGCUCCAUUGGCGGUGGUGCCUUCGUGGGCGGCGGGUCAGAACUGCACGAGCACGACGACGACGACGACCAUGACGACAUGAUCCUGGGCACGACGUCGGGCGCGACAGCGGCGGGCAUGACUGGCGGCGGUGGCGGUGGAUCGGCGAUGAACGACAGUCAGCAUUCGGUGUCGUCGGACGGGCCGGCGGAGCUGAUCGGGCGGCGCGGUUCCAAGUCGGCGGGCCAGCCGCAUCACCACCUGGACACGACUACCAGCUCGUCGAACGAGACGAUCGAGCAGGACGGGGACCGGGACGCGGACGGCUACACCAGCGAGGAGGAGGAGCAAGAGUGCCGGGAAGACUACUGCCGCGGCGGCUACCAUCCGGUGAAGCUGGGCGACCUGUUCCUGCAGCGCUACCACGUGAUCCGGAAGCUGGGCUGGGGCCACUUCUCGACCGUGUGGCUCAGCUGGGACCUGGAGGAGAAGCGGUACGUGGCGCUGAAGAUCGUCAAGUCGGCGCAACACUUCAGCGACACGGCCAAGGACGAGAUACACAUCCUGAAGUCGAUCACGAACGCGGACCCAGCCGACCCGAAGCGAAACAAGGUGGUGCAGCUGCUGAACGACUUCCGGAUAACGGGCGUGAACGGCACGCACAUCUGCAUGGUGUUCGAGGUGCUCGGGCACAAUCUGCUGAAGCUGAUCAUGAAGUCGAACUACCGGGGCAUCCCGCUGGCGAACGUCAAGUCCAUCAUCCGGCAGGUGCUGGAGGGGCUGGACUACCUGCACACCAAGUGCAAGAUCAUCCACACCGACAUCAAGCCAGAGAACGUGCUGGUGUGCGUGAACGAGAGCUACGUGCGGAAGCUGGCCUGCGAGGCGACGGAGAUGCACGCGAUGGGCUGCAAGCUGCCGAUCUCGCUCAUCUCGGCCGCGCCGCCCCAGUUCCAGGAGCAGCCGAUGAGCCAGAACAUGAGCAAGGCGAAGAAGAAGAAGCUGAAGCGAAAGGCGAAGAUGCAGCACGAGCUGAUCCGGCAGCAGAUGGAGCACAUCCAGCAGCUCGAGUUUGGCGCCCCGGUGGCGGUCGAUGGAGCUUCCUCCGGCAGUGGCGGGCUGGCGGCCGGUCUGCCGCUGGAAAAUGGAACUGCAGAGGGCAUGGAGUCCGGUAAGCCGUUGUUGGCACUGGCCGCGGAAGGUACUGGUGGUGGUGCGACACUGAAGGGUGUUUCGACUGCGGGCAGCAACACAGCCACGGGUACGGGUACGCCCAACUCGCCGCUGGAAAGGAAAGAGGCGGGCGGAGAGGCGCGGCGAUUGCUAGUGAACGGUACGGGAGAGGCAACGACUACUGCUGGUGGUGUUGGUAAAGAGUGUGUCGCGGAGGCCGGUACGCCUUCGUCGGGCGAUGAGGAACGCCCAACCCUGACACCGUCCGCAUCGACGCUCUCCAGCCCAUCGAGUAGCGAGGCUGCCUCGUCGAACAACAAUGACGACUUGCCGGGUGACCGGAAAUCGCCCACGGCCCGCGUGCACGACGGGGACGAGCGGCGGGAGCGCGACGCGAAAUCGCCCGAGAAGCCUUCCUCCUCGUCGCUCGUCACGUCGUCAUCCAAGCUGGACAUCAGCGAGUCGGUGCGGAAGAUACUGUCGUCGGUGCAGGAAAGCAAGGAUGCGGCGUUCGAGGUGUGCGACAUCGACGUGAAGAUAGCCGACCUGGGCAACGCGUGCUGGGUGGACAAACACUUCACCGAGGACAUUCAGACGCGCCAGUACCGGUCACUGGAGGUCAUCAUCGGCGCCGGGUACGACACGUCGGCGGACAUCUGGAGUACGGCCUGCAUGGCGUUCGAGCUGGCCACCGGCGACUACCUGUUCGAGCCGUUCUCGGGCAAGGACUACUGCCGGGACGACGACCACAUCGCGCACAUCAUCGAGCUGCUCGGGCCCAUCCCGAAGCGGAUCGCGCUGUCCGGCAAGAACUCGAGCCACGCGUUCAACUCGAAGGGCCUGCUGAAGAACAUCUCCGGCCUGAAGCCGUGGGGCCUGGUGGACGUGCUGAUCGAGAAGUACGAAUGGUCGGACGAGGACGCGUUCGAGUUUAGCGACUUCCUCAAGCCGAUGCUGGACUACGAUCCGCGAACGCGUGCCACCGCCGCCGACUGUUUGCGCCAUUCGUGGCUGAACCACUGAGCCGCACCGCCGGUGCCCUUCGCUGGUGUGCGGUGAGCUGCGGGUAGAUGCAGUCGCCAAACCUACUACAUGACCCAGUGUGUAAGCCAGUGUGUUGAGCAAGAGGAGGAGGAGGAGGAGUAGAAGGAGAGAGUGCCGUCGACGUCACUUCCACUUCCCUGCCAGUGGCCUGUUCGCUUCUUCUGGUUUGAAUCGAUUCGUGUUUUUUUUUUGCUGAAUUCGUGCGUACGGCAGCUCGUGCAAACUGCAAGCUGCAAAAGAGUGUGUUGUGAUGGCAGCGAUGCAAACGAGCAAACCUAGUGCAAGUGUGUAGGAUGCUGAGAUGUAGCUAAAGCUAAAUACCGUAUUUUGGGGGGAAGUGUGGAGUAUGUGCGCAAUGUCUAAACAUGCCAGCAUGUGUGAGCAGUGAUGGUAAAACAAAAUUGGCAAAAGCAAAUGAGGGGAAAUCAAAUCGUCUUGUGCGUAGUAGCGGAAAGCAAACAGCGAGAAGCUCAAAGGUAGUAGUAGUGUGCGUGGUGUGUGGAAAUGUGGAAUGCAAGCUGCAAGCUGGUGCAGUACGUGUGCGUGUCUGGUGUGUACGGCGACCAUUGAAUUAUUGGGCAACAAUGCAGAAGAAAGAAUGACCUCCCCGUGCCGCUCUCUCGUGCGGGCAAGAAAGGCGCCCCAUUGCAACAAAUCAACCGUUCGGUCAGCAAGAAAGAAACAAUCGAAGCGAGUUGAUUUGUGAAGAUGAGUGUGCUUGUGUGAAAAACAAAAGAAAUAAAAGUAAUAAACAACUAAGAAGCAGUUCACCCAUAAUGCUGUGUAGUACUGUGAAGCAGCGGGCCACAGCCGGCCGUGAGCGUCGGGGCAGCCUGGAGGCGAUGGAAUUUGUAAUAUAGUAGCGGAGACGGAAGCUCUGAAAUGCAGUUUAAUGUAGGAAUAAUAUCCCAAUAUCCCCGCAUGAAACGAUCAGCUUUACAAGUUAGAACAAUAGAAGGAAAAUAAGGAAAAACUAAAACAUCAAUGUGCCGUGUGUGCCCUCCCUUCAACUCCCUUCCCCACGUUAUUGAACCUACAGGUGGAACUGGAACAAAGGAAGUGUGAAUAGUGUGAAGUGAAAAAAUGAACACAAGCUCGAACUCCUCUGCAUCACCACAAUCAUCAUCUCAGCAAUAGCCGGUCAGAUCAGGCAUGGAAAGGGGGGCGCGAAUUCAAAGAUGCAGGUGCAAAAGAGAUGGCUGGGUUAGAGCGGUAAAGCGUAUCAGAGCGAGGGAAAGAGUGGAGCUUAUUCGCUUGAAGCCAGACACUGGAACCGUUGCGUUACUCAGCGAUUGAAGCGAUAGCCCGUGUUCAAAUCGAACGGGCGGAACCAGGUAGUGCAACGUUUUAAGGAAAUUAUAGGGAAUAAUUCUAGUUGCUAGAGGAGAGGAGCAGAAGGCAGUAGUAUCUUACACAUGAAUAUUAUUAUUAUUAUCAUUAUUAAUAUUAUUAUAAUUAUUAUUAUGAUUAAUAUAUUUACCGUACAUUAGGCAUCUUUUUAAAUACACCAGCACUAACAUGCAUAUGCGAAACAAUAGUGGCAGUUUAACUGAUGAAGAGAAAAAAAACUGAUGGUCACGUGUGUCCGAUCCGCUUUGCACUGGAAUCCUUCUUCUCAUCCUUUCAAGUAUCCCCUGUAAAGAAGUUUUAGGUACAGCGAACGAAGGAACAAAACCAAUGUACUAUAUGCCGUCACAGCGGACCGUUUAACCAGCGCAUGUCAUCUUUCAUUGUUCAUUACCAUCUCAUUUGAAAAAAAAAAGAACGUAUCUCGACACACACCAGCAUCAUGCGAUGCUCACGUAUAACCAAAAGAAACCUCUCUCCCUGUGUACGGAAAACUGCAGCAUGAAACUGUGUGCGCGUCGAGCGACGAGCACACAGCGUCGAGCGAAUAUUGGGAGCAAUAUACCAGGCGCCGCAUUUUGUACCGCGUUUACACAUGCAACAUAAUACGCACAUACCGCUCGAAGAAGCAGCAUGGUUUGGCGGUGUGGAUUUUUUUCACUCCUACUUCGACGACGAUCCGAUCACGUAGUAGUAGUCCGUCCUUUUAGCGAGGGGGUACGACAGACACACGCGACACACCCAGACACAGACGCAGACAGCGAGCAACUUUACAAGAGCGCUGCAAAUCUGCUGUCAAAUAGCUGUAGGACUUUCGCAAUGAUCUCAAGCGCGAUUAGAAUUAUCGUAACCUAGCAAGAGGGGCACGGUCUUGCGCUGACGUCGGUGGUGGAAUGUUGGUGGAAUGCAUAUGUGUAGAAAUUCUGUCCUGCGAUUUUUUUUUCUCUCAUCCAACUUCUUACCUCACACCGUGUGGUGUUCGUGGGAUUGAAGGUUGCAGGAAAAAACGGCCUGGCACUGAUGCAUGUGUUUGGUGGCGUGAUAGUACGGUGCAGGAGCUUGUGAAGGAUAAUCACCUGGGUGUGUGGUAGCUUGUGUAUCGCCCAGAAAUGGAGUUUUCUUCUUUUUUUUUUGUAAUCUCCGCGAUAUUCACUCCUUACAUUGCACCAUACAUUGCACCAAAAUCCCUCUCUUCCAAAAAAAGGGUGCGCCCUGUACAGGUAGAGCAAAGAAUAAUCUGCAUUUCUCCCGAGGUGUUACGUAUGGCUCUGAUGAAGGCUAAUCGAAUAAGCAACGGCCGACCGCUGUAUGCAACCAGAGGAAAGAAAGUUUCACAUGCAUAACCGAUAGGAGAGAUUCGUGUAGUGUGAGCUCUUUUAUCCAGCAAGUAUUUCUAGCAAUUUAGAUAGAGUAAAUACUUACAGAGUUAGUCUCUCUGUCCCUCUGAAAUUUCGGCAUAAGGUUGUGCAUCUCUACUGCAUUGCGAUUCAGGGUUAUAUGCUAUGUUUUAUAUCAAAAGAAACUAUCUUUCAAGCCUACAUUUGGGAUUGUAAUUGAGACUACGUUCAUACAGUGGAGAUAUUUCAAACAUCUCCAGUUAGAAUCAUCAAAACUCAUCAGGUGUAUCCCAGAACACAUUUUCCAAUCGCGUCCAUUCAUCUCAAAAACAAGCGUACUAAAACAACGAUUUCAUUCGAUUUUCCAAAACUGCCACCAGGGAUUUCCAGUGCACGAUUACUCAGCGGAAGGUUCUAUGAAUGCUUACAAAAUCGUUCAAGCUGUAGUAGUGUAAAUAAUGUGAGAUCAAUCAAGAAAUAAAAAGAGAAUCAAAUUGAAAACGCAAACUACGGCAAAUGAUUGACUUCAAAAGACUUCGUUCAUAACAGCAUCCGCAUUCAUUUAGCAAACCGCUACUAAUUACCUUCGUAAAUUAAUUACACAUGCAAUCUGGAUCGCUUUUUCUCAUCUACUGGUUAUUUGUGACUUACCGAUCUUCCCUAAUAACAAUUUUGCUGCUAAGAGAUACGGCCAGAUCGUCAUCGGCAACCAUCCUUCUUCUGGAACACCGCGUUUCCCUCCUUUUCCAUACCCACGACCAGGGGCCAAAGUUUCGACCAAGAGACGGUUUUGAUUUUGUUACCAAUGUGCGAUUUCAUAAUAAGAGAACGUCCAUGCAUUACGUAACGUAAUCAUUUAACGGCGUGUAACGCAAAAGUAAACACGUUAAGGAUGGUCUCUUCACACAUGGAUGCAUAUGCUGGUAACAAGAUUAGUGAACGCAAUUAAAACUAUCCAGUUGUUUGAGCAGAUUGUUUUUCUUUAACAUAUCAUCAAUGGCAUCAUGAGCUCAAAAUCCAAAUGUUUCAAGGCAAACAUUUUCAUUCUAAAUCCAUCUUCAUAAAGUUUUUUAACAGCUUAAAAGCAAUGAAACACGUGUUUUUGAUUUACGUAGAAACGAAUUUUGGUUUCGUUUCCCAAAUCCAUCUGUUCCACCCUUCAGUUGAUGCUAGAACCAUAAAUAAUAUUUUUGUAUUUAAUUUUCAUGUUACGAAUUGUCUAGGAUACGAAUUUUGCUCAAUCGGUUAUUUUUGGUGAUAUGACAUUUUUUUGUUUGUGAGGACCUUCAUCAAGAACACAUACUAGAUACGAAAUUUGUUUUUGACACAGUGGCAUGGAAUCUCUCUUGAAAGCCACCCUUUUUUUUUUUGGGACAAGAAAAGGAAGAGGUACAGAUCAAUCUUUAGCUAUCAACAGUAAGGAAAGCGAAUCUUGUCAAUCGCGCUAUCAAAGAUAGUAGUUUAAACCAGUGUGUAUUGUGUGUCAUACAAAGCAAAACAAACAACAACAAAAAACAGCAUCCUUACGCACAUCAUAUCCACAUCGCAUAGAACGUGAAAAGGAACAAUACAAAUCAUUGUUAAAAUUUAUCACCCUGUAAUAUGUAGCUUGUAAUUAACAUGUAAAUGUUAUGACCAAAACCCCUACCACCCCGCACACACACUCACACACCGGCCGAGCGCAUAACGUCAUUAUCUGGUUGCAGUAUCAAUAUUGUGAAGGAUAACCGCAAAGAACUCAUUAUAGAAGACGCUCGAAAUAAUCGUUGACCCUAGAUUUCAAUAAUAUUUGUAGCCUAAAAUGUUAAACAACCCGGAUAACAACAUUUUGUGUUUCAAUGAUUAACGAAAACGCUCUACAAACAAACAGAGUAAUAGAUAGUUUGAUGCACAACAAACCAGUAAAUUUUGUGCAUCAAACGAUCUAUUUCUCUGUUCACCGAACAAUCUGUUGGCUUACACAUUUUCAUUUACCAUCAACAAACUCCUAUCUACUGCAUGUGUUUCAGUGCCAACACUCACACAGAUAGACAGACGGGCUCAGUGUACGGCACAACAUAACCCCCCUCCCCUUGCCUGUGUCACAUAAUCGCGGGGGGCUUCUGUGUUAAUAUCUAGAAAGCGAAUUGGCCACAGGAUGCCGACAGCAAAGGAACUAUGAACAAUUAAGUAAUUUAUACAAACAAACAAAAAUCCUAGUGAGUUAAUAAAAAAAACACACAGCAGAAAAUAAGGUUGGAAUGAAGUGUAUGAAGUGUAGUACGGAAACACUUUGUAAUUUUGAUAAAUAUUUCAAUGUCCGGAGAAGCAUAAUAAAAGUCUGGCUCUAUAUAUAUAAAUAUAUAUGUUGGACAACUAGCAAAGUGAGCGUAAGUUGAAAAAAUAUACAAACAUAUUGAAACAACCAACCCAACCAACUGCUGUCCCCCGCAACAGUAAGUUGUGCCGUAGCAUAUGUGUGCUGAACGAGCGAAAGCAAGAGGAUUGAAGAAGAUAGAGUUGUAUGUUAAAAAUGGUACAGAAUAUGGAAAUCCAGUUGUUACACAAUAAUCUGUACAAUUCAAUACAAACAAGGAGAGUUCGGAACAAAUGUGAAGGCUAGAAAGGGAUAGGAAUUA